AUGGACAAACUUUUCAGGAACAAGGAGAAAAAGAGAAUAUUUGUUACAAGUGCACUUCCCUACGUCAAUAAUCAGCCACACCUGGGGAAUGUCAUUGGAUCACUGCUCAGUGCUGAUGUCUAUGCUCGAUACUGCAGAAGAAUGGGAUACGAAACACUCUUCAUUUGUGGAACUGAUGAGUACGGAACAGCAACAGAAAUGGAGGCAUUGAAACAAAAGUGCCAUCCACUGGAAAUAGUGAAGAAGAACAGGGUGAAACACAGGCAGGUUUACGACUGGUUUGGAAUGCAAUUUGAUUCGUAUGGAAACACACACUGUGAGGAACACGGCAAACUGGUUCAUGAGAUAUUCCUGAAGAUCAUCGACUACUUCAGUGAGAAGGACGUAACAAUGAUGUAUUGUCUGAAAUGUGAUCAAUAUUUGGCAGAUCGAUUUCUAAGUGGAACCUGUGAGUGUGGUGGAGAGGCACAUGGAGACCAGUGUGACACGUGUGGAAAGUGCUACGAGAAUGCGAGUGAGCUACGAGACCUGAAGUGUGUGAUUUGUGGGAAUGAGCCUGGGCCUAAGACGACUAGGCAUCUUUUCCUGAAUUUGGAUCAGCUUCAGAAGCACGUGAAGAAGAUUGACACGACUGAAUGGUCUGAAAAUGCUAAACAGAUUUAUCAGGGGUGGAUUAAGAUGGAUAUCAGGCCAAGGUGCAUGACAAGGUCACUCAAACACAGUUGGGGUGUCUCUGUUCCACUGAAGGGGUACGAAGACAAGGUGUUCUAUGUCUGGUUUGAUGCACCAAUUGGAUAUUUGACGUAUUUGAAGGCGAUACGGCCACUAAGCUGGCUUGAAGGGGCGAAAUGGGUCCAAUUCAUGGGAAAGGACAAUGUUCCAUUCCAUUCAGUCAUGUUUCCGUCAGUUCUCUAUGCCCUCAAGGAGCAGAAGCUUAGAACACCAGAAAAAGUCAAAGAAAGGAAGCUAAUUGAAAGGGUAGAGAGAGCAAGUCUAAAGAAGGAUGAACUGGAAAUGAUAGGCGAAAUGAAGUCUCAGGGUGUCAUGAAAAGUGAGGGGCAGUUGGAGUUGGAUUAUGGUUACGUGAUAAAUGCGACUGAGUACCUGACAUUCAACAAGAAGAAGUUCAGUAAGUCGAAGAAUGUGGGGAUAUUUGGAUUGGAUUUGGUUGAGAAGGACUUGGGUGAUGCAACAAAGUGGAGGUUCUACCUCUUGAAGAGGAGACCUGAGACGAAGGAUGCUGACUUCAACACGGAUGAAUUCAUCAAAAUAGUCCAAAAUGAGCUCAUUGCAAACAUAGGCAACUUCAUAAACAGGACACUGAAAUACGUAGAAAGCAACAAUGUGGAUGUUUAUAGGGUGAUUUCUAAGUUCAAUAGGGAGGAAGAGACUCCAUUUGCAAGGAGAGUGAUAGAGUUGAUUGAUGAUGUAAACAGAACCAAUAUCGAGUACUUUGAAUCAAUGGAGAAUGCGAGACUACGAAAUGGCCUGGAUAAGGUGCUAGAGAUCAGUCGAAUUGGAAACAAGUUUCUGCAGAGUCUUCAAAAUGACAAAGGGAAUAUGGCAGUUGGCUUCUCAUUCGCAUUUUGUCUGAUCAAGUUACUGGCCCAGUCCUUUGAGCCAUUUAUUCCAGACGCAUUUGUCAAGCUAGAAUGCCUGAUUGAAUUGGAUUCGAGGUUCCACCUGAAAUUUGAAGAAUAUUUCACCAGUGAAUCAGGUAUUCUGCUAAAGAAGAAGGUUGAAAUUGUGUUCAACAAAUUCACCAGUAAGCAGGAAGAAGAACUGUUGCGCUACAAGUAG